CAAACGGUGUCGUAAAGGAAGCUUUCUCCCACCCAACGGCUCGAUUGGGCAUGGGCUUCAGUGGAUGGGCACUACCGAAAUUUCCUCCUUCAAAAAUCAAAUUCAAAACCACGACUUGAACUUAAACAUUUUCAGAAAUCCGAUUCUGUACUCUAAGAUCUUCCAUUAAACCAAUCUCCUCCAUGGAUUUCACUCCUCCUUCUCACCGAUCCGACCCUCGAUCUCGCACAAAAUCAUCCUCACGCCUCGCCGUUGAAGCCGACCAAACACCCCAUUUCUCAGUCGACGCCAUUUCUUCGCCGCGAAGGAAAACCCCUUCCCCUUCCAUCCAGGACAUCUUGUUUCUUUCUCCUUCCACUGUCGGAAAAUCCAGGUCCCGUCUCGUGGAUCGCUUCGAAAUGAACGACGAAGUUCCGGAGCCCGCCGUCUCACGGAGAAGGUGUAGAAACCGUGGCCCCCAAUUGGGUCUUAUGGGUUGUGCUUCUCCGAGGAGUAUUAGAAGGUCAAGAAGACGAUCUGAGGUGGAGACUAGAGAAGAGAGAGAUUUGUGUUUAGCGGAAGAGUUUGUGAAGGCUAGAAAGAGGAAACAGAGCGGGAGGUCGAAGAAGGAGAAGCUCAGUUUGGUUCCAGUUCCAUCGACGCCUUCGAGUUCAACGACUCCAAAACUUGAUAAUGAUGAGAAUGGUAGUUUGGAUCAAAUUGGGCAGCUGAUAACUGAUCUGAUAAUGUGGAAAGAUGUGGCUAAGUCAAGCCUUUGGUUUGGACUUGGCUCUUUGUUUUUCUUCUCCACUUGCUUCACUCGAGGAGUUAGCUUUAGCAUUUUCUCAGCAAUUUCCCAGCUUGGACUUCUGUUUUUGGGUCUUGCAUUUGUCUCCAAUUCAAUCUGUCAAAGGAACAAUGAUGAAAAGAAACAUAAAGACUUCAAGCUUAAAGAAGAUGACAUAAAACGCUUGGUGAAACUGGUUCUUCCGGCUGCAAAUUUCGCCAUUUUCAAGAUUCGGGAGCUUUUCUGUGGAGAGGCAGAGAUGACCUUGAAAGUAGCUCCAUUUCUCAUUUUAGGAGCUGAAUAUGGAUAUCUUAUUACUCUUAGAAGACUCUGUGCAAUUGGGUUCUUUAGCAGUUUCUCUGUGCCAAAGCUGUAUACAUGUUACCAGAUUCAGAUAAACAGCAAAGUGGAUGCCGUAAAACAAUGGAUGUUUGAAGCAUGGGAAGCUUGCUCACAUAAGAAGGUUGUGAUAGGAUCAGCAGCCACAGCGUUUUGGAACUUUUCUUCCCUGAAGACCCGAAUUUUCACAGCUUUCAUUGUUCUAGUCAUAGUUCGAUACUGCCGGCAAUUUAUAGUGUCGUCAGAACCGGAAAUUGAAGAAGUACAAGAGGAUGAGAAGCAGGCAUUGGUUGUGGUAGAAGCAGGCAAGGAGGAGGAGCAGAAGCAAGUUCAAGUGGUGGCGGAACCCCAUUGUUAGCUGUGAUUUGGCUUUAGAGUUUUUUUUACUGCCAACACUGAAGUGUAUAAUAAACAAAUGGGCUGUUUAGAGCUUUUUUACCUCUUAAAUUUAAUUGAUUGAUUUAAAGCUCAAACAUCUUUUGGCCAGAAAAUCUCAAAUUAUGAAUUGAAUUUUGACACCA